AAACAGAUGAAGGCAGCCAAAUCGAACACAAAGAAUACAAUAAUAAUGGAAGAAGGAGACGCAAAUAUAUCUUCUGCUUCAAAACAUGGAAAGGUUGAUGAUGAGUGCGUAGAAAGUUUUAUGGAGCAACUUAAAGCCAAAGUGAAGAGUGAAGUAGAUUAUUCAGACUUCCAAAUCUUAGAAGAGGAUUUAAGGAAGGAUUUGAGAAUGGUUGGGAGAUUUAGUGUUCCGCUACGCCUGGCUCCUAUUGCAAACAGAAUCAAAGAUGGUUUUGAUGACAUUACUUCAGGCAGUUCACAAAGUGACUGUGCAGCUAAGCCUACCUAUCUUCUCUUCUGUGCUGCAAUCAAAGAGAUGGAUGAUCUCAAACUAGACCAGGUCAACGAGACUAAAUUAUUGUUGUGGCGAGAUGCAAUUAACAAUGCCCUCAACCUUCAAUUCAAUGUGGAUUUCGCCAUUAAGCACCUCUUUAAAAUUGCGCGUGCAUAUUUUGGUUUCAAAGUGAAGGAAGGGAAAAGCGGUGAAGAGAUGCUCAAGCUCAAGAAUGUAGAUGGGAAUAUGGAGGUCCCCGAAGCUUGUUUACGUGAAGCUGAAUAUUUUAGCGGCAAGCCUCUUAGCACCGGUCUGCUCCGUUAGUAAUUUUCUACCUAAAGCCAUUACCUAUGCCACUUAUCACUAUCAGCUACUACCUUUUUCUUUUGUCAUAUUUUAAGUCUUUCUAUGUUUAAUAAACUAUCAUUUAUUCAAUGUGUACAUCAUAUAUA